AUGUCUGGAGUUAUUUUUAAGGUAAUUCCAUGUAUGUUGUUGCUAUAUUUUUCACUCGGUCUCAUGCUUAAAAUACACCGAACAACCAUGAAGCGCAAAAUGCUAUUGAGGAAAAGCAGCUCAACAUGCUCAAAAAGACAGGGAAAUAAUCCGGAUCGUACGUCUGCCCUUCUACUCGCUAUUGUAUUAGUAUUUCUGAUUGCCGAGUUGCCACAAGGAAUUAUUGCAAUCCUGAAUGCCGUUUACACUACUCAUGUGCAUAUUUAUAUUUAUUUCAACCUUGGCGACAUUCUCGACCUGCUUUCAUUGCUCAAUUCAUCCAUCACUUUCAUCCUCUAUUGUAUCAUGUCUUCUAGGUUAAAGUACAGAGACACCUUCUGGACGGUGGUGCUACCGAAGCAUUUCCGAAGGCAUUUCUUUAAAGAAACGCUGGGAAUGUUUGCAGCAGAGACUCCUUCCGCGCACAUGCCGCUACAGCACGUUGCAACCAACAGCAGCAACAGUAUCAAACUACUGGAGUUAGCGGUUUUUCUUUCAUAG